CGCUGCUCGUGCUCAGUCCACCGCGGGAGUUGUGCAUAACAGUGGUGUGUGUGUUGUUUACCUCUUAGAUACUCUACGUGCAACCAGUGCUUGGAGACGCGGCACGGCGGGAACGAUCUACACUCACCAACAGGCAGGCUGGAGUAAUGCCCACAAGACAAGACACAUUUUAAUGGUUGUUCGGUGAAGGUGUACAGCUUGGACUAUGGGUGACAUCACAGUAGACGAUGUGGCUUCAUGUGAGCAGAGUAGUAGUGACGAUGGCAUUGGAAAACCGACAGAGAACAACAAUAUUGACACUAGUCCAUCACUAGCUCAAACCUCUCAAGAUCUAGGAAGUGCUCGCGAACAAAAUAACCUCAUCAGCAGUGAUAGUAGGAAACCAAGUAUUGACAAACGAGUGAGGUUUUCAGAGAAAAUCGAAAAUGUCAAUAUAGAGGAGUCGUCAACAAACAACGACUUGAGUCUGCAGUCAGCCGUCAGCAGAGAGACCAGAGUAGUCUGGGAGAUGAUCACCGAUGGACAGAAGGAAGCCGUCAAGUGGCCACACAAAGACUCAACCGCAUCAACAGACUCCGUGUUCGUAUAUGACCAGCCCGAGGACGCACUGUCCGGCGGCAAGAUGGUGACAGAUUUGGACGAAGACGACGAACCGAAUAAAGCCAUCGGGGGACGAAAUGUGUUCAAGGAUUUACUAGAAGUGCGAAAACUUGAAAACGCGUCAGUUUCAGCUGGGGACGGCGGGUUGGAGGCGGGGGGUGGCGGCGCGGCGUCGCAUUCUACUCACAGCUGCGGCUCGUUGUUCGCUCAGUGCGGCGCGCACCGUGGCCAGGGACACAGUCUGGUCACAACGUUCAGUCAGGGACGACUGAAGCACGUGGAGUCCGAUGACACGUAUGACGGUCCGGUCAGUCUGACGGAGAUACUGCACGAGCGAGACGCGGGGCCGAGCCGCAUGUGCCUCAUGGGGAACGGAGUGUCGAACAUUGGCAAGGGGGAGAGAUCUCCCGAGGGUCCGGUGGCUGGGGCUGGGGCUGUGGCAGUGGCGGGAGCGGGGGUGGUGGUGGUGCUGAAGAACCAGAUCAAGCAGUGGGAGGAGCGGUCCACGGAGCUGGGGGAGGAGGUGGCAGAGCUCAGGAAGGAAGUCAAGAGAAAGGAUCACGAGAUACUGCGACUGCAGAGGGAAGUCCACAAGUUAAAGGUACUCAAACUAUAUCUUACAUGUAGUAAUAAAAUAACUUACUGUAUAAAGGAAAAGCUAUACCUAGAACUAACACUGCAAGACAAACCAAAAUAA